AUGGACUUUGAGGACGAAGACAAACCAAAAGAUGUCUCCAAGACCCGCAGGUUUGCACCUGGUCGUGCACUAAAGCCCAAACCUGAACCAACUCCAGUACAUCCCUCACAAACUGAUGCUCCUUCCGAGUCUGUCAGCAAGAAGACGACGUUGAUUGAGGAAGAAGAAGAGGACGUUGUUGUUCGUGAAAUUGACGUGUUCUACAAUCCAUCUAUUGGUGCCAACACUGAGCUUUAUGUUCUACAAUACUCUCUAAGACCGUCUUGGCGUGCGUAUGAAAUGGAUGAACGUUGCCAAGAAGUUAGAGUGAACCCUUCUACCUCCGAGGUGGAACUUGAUUUGUCUAUGGAUACCUUGACAACAACAUGGAAACCGCCUCCUAAGUUGGACUAUGCUAUUGGAGUUCUUUCAGGUGAUAAGUUACACUUGAAUCCUGUUCAUGCUGUUCCUCAGCUCCGACCGUCUAUGAAGUAUCUUUCAUCCAAAAGAAAACAAGCAGAAGCUCCUGAAGAAUCUGCCAGAACAUCAAAAAAACAGAAUUGGGUUUCACUCGAGUAUCAUGGACUUGAAUCAGAAUAUCACUCUAGAUACCUUACCAAAAUGAUGGCCAGUGAGAACUCUACUAUAGACUUCAACAUGAGCCGGAACGCUUAUAUCAACUCAUUGUGCCGUGGGGAAAGCAGCAGAAACUCCAGAAGGUGA